AUGCAUAAAGCUGAACCUGCACCUCAAUGUUCACCUAUCGAAUCGACAACAAUACCAACAUUAACUGAAACUGAAAUAAAAUAUUUUUUUCAUGAUGAUUCCAAAUGUAUAAAACGUAGUUUUAUUCAAAAUGAUGUUCAAAAUGCUUUUGUACCUGCUACAGAAAAGAAUGAUAUGCCUGAGAGUGUAAACUAUUCUUUAUUAAUGCGUAAACGCACUUUUGUUAAUGAAUUACCGGCUAUUAAAUGGAAAUGUCGAGCCUCAUUAGGUAACGGAAAAUUAUGUGAACGAAUGGAUCGAUAUAAAUGUCCAUUUCAUGGUCGAAUUAUUGCUCGUAAUGAACAAGGUCAAGCUGUUGAUGAAAAAAUUCAAAUUCAAGAAGAACAACUUGCCAAAAAACGUACUACACCUGAAUGGCAAGAUCCUGAAAUGUUAGAAGAUAUUCGUUUAGCAACUGGUAUUGAUUUACGAAUGAAUGAAGGAAAUGGAAAGAAGAACAAAAAGAAAAAAGAAUCUGGGUUAACUGAACUUGAUAUUGAAGAAAAUACAGUACGAAAACGAUUAGAAAAAAAAAUAUUUAAUCGAUCAUCACUUAAACGUAUUGGUGCAGCACUAGAUCACGAUGAACGACGUCGAAAUGAAGAAAAAUUUCAUCAUCAAUUUAACUAUGCCUAUAAUAAUUAA